GCACUACCACGGUAGAAUAGGAAACAAGCACCACAACAAGAACAAAGUAGUGUUAUGUUUCGAUGAAGAAAAGCCAUCAUUUUGAUAUUGUUAAGAUCUUGAUCGCUUUAUGCUUCGUGUAUAACCAUCUUCUAGUUCCCUCCUGCUGUUUAAUGCCUGGCGGGAGGAAAUUCACAAGUCUUAAAGCCAGUUCAAUUGGUGUUGGUAUUCAGAACACUCCAACCAGAUCUUGCCGGAACGGAUCGUCAAACAUUGGAAGUGGCAUACACACUAUCUCAUCGCUGUUGACAAUACCACCGUUAUUUCACUUCCCACAUCCAAAGAUACCAGUUUGGUCGGUGAUGGGCUUUGAAGCUCUCUUUCUCUCAUUUCUGCUUUCAGCAUUAGGGCUUCAGUACAUUAACAUCUACAAACUGAACUUUCAUGUUGUUGACCCUUAUUUAGUGUCAUUCAUUGUUGUUUUCUUGAGUCGGCGUGUCACAUGGAUGGUAUUCAAACAGAUUUUGGCUUCUGAGAUAUUUUAUACAGUAAAAUACGUAGCAACCAUGCUUAUCAAGGCAGUAUUGCUGUGUACCUUCAUUGUUGCUACACUUUGGCUACUAUGGAAACUAUUCCAGCAUAACAGCAUCCAGAACUAUCUUUUUCUCAUAUAUCCUGUUUUCAUGUACCUUUGUGCAUUUGGCUUCACACUGGACCCACAAGGCAACAAGGUUAUGUUUAAGCUUAGUCCUCAUACAGAAAUCCUCCAACCACUCACCAUAACAAAACUUACUGACAAGAAAACACUGUCUAAUGGAGAAAUGAAGCAAGAACUACUUACAACAUUGAAUACCCCAUGUAAUUUACCACCGGACGCUGUACGAUAUGAAGCUGAAUGUCUACGGACUGACUUCAACUGGAGAGUAAAACAAGUUCUGUUUCAGUCUUUGGUAUCAGCGUAUUAUGUUGGAUUUAUACCUAUGAGAUUCUCUGAGCAAUUUUAUAUAUACUAUGACCUAUGGUGGGCCCUACAACAGGCUUUAUUCAUUUGGCUAAGUUCAUUAAUUAUGCUUAUGAUAUAUAUGUUACCUAUUAACUACUGUGACGCACUACACAAGUGCGCAACACACCUUGGUGGAUGGGAACGUUAUCCAUGGGGACACAGAGAUACUCCACAUAUAUGGUCACCAUUAACAGUAUGGCCGCAAGGCGUACUAGUACGAUAUAACAAGACAUUGUAUCGUGGUUUAGGAGUGCAUAAUGUUGCUGUACCGUCAGAUCCUCAUCACUCAAGAUUUUUUUUCAUGUUUGAGUCUCCUCUAAGACUGCUUAACUGGAUGGCUGGUACCCUACUGGUUCUUGUGUUUUAUCAACUCUUUCUGAUUACAAGAUGUUCUUUCUGGCAUCAACUGCUGUCAAUAAUCGGGAUGUUACUAUUUAACUAUGUUACACUUUAUAGAGUAUUACGAGAUCGAUGGGCGCUGCAGGGAGUAGUCAAAGAAAGGGAAACCAAUCAGAAUGACGACUCAGAUUAGAAAUAACAUAUCAUGCAAUCAAGGACAGAGUAAAAUAUAAAUUCUUUUUCACUUAUGGUUGAGCCUUGGCCUGCAUUUUUCCUUUAAUAUUUAUGUAUUUUAUUUAAGUCCUCUUAAAUAUGUCGCAAGUAUUGCAUCGUCGUUAGGUUGUCAUGGUUACAAAUAAAGUAAUACCAAAUAAAAGGAAUAUUCAAAAAUAAAUAGUGUUGGUUACUAUUA